AUGGUAUUUGGCAUUAAUUUCAUUACUGGAAGAAGUAUCUUAGGCCUUACCGUGGCUUUUCCAGCCCUCUUAAUCUCCGCUCAUAUUUGGGAUAUUUACGAGAAAACUCGAAUAGUCGACUGGCAGCGUAUUACCAGUAAAGAUGACGCAUCGGCGACAUUUCGCCAGUCAAUCACCAUCAAGAACCUUGUGAAUCCAAGGGAUCACAUAUCAACAAGUGAUUUGCGAUAUGCAGACUUGAAAUUGCCGAGAGCCGCACAAGGGUUAAAUGACGACUAUCUCCUAGCAGCUUUCAUUCGUGGAUUCUUUGGGGGCAAAGUAUUUAUGCCAGAGAGAGUGGUGCUACAAGUUGUGAGAAGAAAGUUGGCCUUUUUCGAAGGGCUUAGCACAAAGAACGACAUUGAGCAAGUUUGGUCGGUUUCUGACAUCCCCCGCCACACGCUUCCCGCUCAAGGCUCUUUGUUUUUCGGCGCCUUCCAAGUCGGUCAUGUCGAAGUUCAUAAUUACCGCAUAAGCGCUGUAGAGGGUGAGAAUACGACAAGCAGCAUCGACUUCGUCUAUGGGAGCGACCAGGGACGGUUUGCUGGCGCGCACAGAUUUAGCAUUACUCGAGAUACUUCUCGACAAGACGUUAUCAGAAUCACUUACGAGAGCCUAUCUUGUAACCCUACUACGAACCGCAGGUUCGCCCCAGGCUUUCUGAUAGCAUUUCAUGAGGUCUAUGCAUCGUGGUUGUUCAAGGAGAGCAUUUCUCAAGUAUUACGUGUUUUGGAACCGCAAGCUGACCUCACAAAGGAUGGGCCGGUUUUGUUGGCAGGGCAGUGA